GGGCGACACCCCGCCCGACCUACCUCCCCAGGACCCUCGUCCCUCAGGGUCCCACCCCAACAUCGCGUUCACUUCCCCUCGUCAGUUUGCUCACUUCAUANUCCCCAGGACCCUCGUCCCUCAGGGUCCCACCCCAACAUCGCGUUCACUUCCCCUCGUCAGUUUGCUCACUUCAUACGACAGGAGGACGUCAUGUUCUACUCAGUGAACGUCAUGGAUCUUCUUCGCUACGAUCCACUCUGUCCCGAGGUUGAGCUCAUCUCUCUGGAGCCCGAUCCCCCUGACCCUCCUUCCAUCUUCGCGGCUCCCAUCUCUACAUCCACUCGUCAGCCUGCGGAUACCUCCUCCACGUCUCAGGCCUCUGUGCCGUCGACUGUGGAGUCCACACAUACGUCUCGUGCUGACGCAGACGCUGAGGAACUCACACGGUUCAUUACAGACUUAGAGCCCGCCGUUCGCGACCUGAUUCGAGAGUACCGCGACGUCUUCCCCCCCUAUUUCUCAUACAACGGGAUUCCCCCGAUGCGUGGUGUCGAACAUUCCAUCCAUCUCGUGCCUGACUAUCGUGUUCACCAUCAGGCACCAUACCGACUCUCGAUUCCAGAGGCGAUGGAACUCAAGCGUCAGCUUGAGGAGCUCCUUCGACUGGGUUUCAUUAAACCCAGCAACUCCCCUUGGGGUGCACCUGUCCUCUUUGCUCGCAAAGCGGACGGAACUCUCUGCCUCUGCAUUGACUACCGCGGCCUUAACCGUUACACGAUUAAGAACAACUUUCCCAUGCCCCGUGCGGAUGAGUUGUUUGACCGUCUGGCAGGCGAUCUUCGUAGCGGUUACCACCAGAUCCGUGUUGCCACAGAGGAUCAGCCGAAGACCGCCUUCCGAUCGCGCUUCGGCCACUAUGAGUUCACGGUGAUGCCAUUCGGCCUCACCAAUGCACCCGCCACCUUCCAGACGGCGAUGAACGACAUCUUCAGGGACAUCCUUGAAGAAUACAUUCUCGUAUACCUGGACGACAUCUUGGUCUACAGUCGUACCUUAGAAGACCAUCGCAGACACCUCCGCGAUGUCCUACAGCGCUUACGCAAGCAUGGCUUCUAUGCCAAGCUCAGUAAGUGUCGCUUUGCCCAGCGCAAAGUGGACUUCCUAGGACACCAUGUGUCUGACCAGGGUUUCCACAUGGGCGACGCGAAGGUCACUGCUAUUGCAGAGUGGCCCGUCCCCACAUCUUCCAAGUAGCUUCGCAGCUUCCUAGGCCUCACCAGCUA